AUGAAUGUUAAUGCAAUUAUAGUCUUUAUUGCUCCAUCAAUUUCAGAGGACUGUACGUAUAGCCUAUUGCCCAUACUGAUCGGAUCAACUGUGGUCUUAUUUCUAAUUCUUCUUGCUGUGACGAUAGGCUGGGUCAUCUCUCAGAUUUCUAAGUACUGUUCGAGUAAGCCUGGCAGUGAUUCGAAGAUAAACCACACUUACCUGGACUUUAUACAAGAUCGCACCCCUGCAGAUCACGUUAAUAAUUUACCAGUAAUACCAACAAUGAGCGGGGCUUCGACAGUGGCUUUGAUAAACACCACUUCGCAUGAGAAAGUAGGGGACAGUCGUAAUACAAUCAUGUACGAAACAAUCCCAACAAGUGAUGAAGAUAAAAUAGGAUACUUUUCAGACUCUGACAUUGAUGCUAAUGGUUAUGUUCUUCCUAAUCCUCCGAAAAAUUUGAAAGGAGAGGAGUACUUCAUGCACAAAAAUGAAAUGAUUUGGGACGUGAGCAAGACGUUAGUGGACGAAAAUGGAUACCGUGUUCCGAAUGUAUGCAAUUGA